CAACAAUCCUCCUCCUUGUUUCACUCUCAAUGGCAAUUGAGUAUUUAGCCUAGAACGGGGGCAGGGAUCAAGCGACAAUCCGGGAGGCGAGAGGCUGGACCAUGAUUCAAUUUGACCUUUUACGGGAUUUGGCCCGCCGGGAGUUACUUGAUCAUCUGGACAAGUAUGCAGGCACCAAGGUUUUGGUGUGGGACGAAGGCUUGACGGCCCCGUUGGAUCUGAUUGCCAAGCACUCGGUCCUCCGAGAGCGACAAGUGGACAAGAUGGUCCCACUCAAAGCGGGUCGAUUGCCCGUGGACUUGGGGCAGUUUGACAAUGUGGUCUUCAUGGUGCGACCGGACGUACAUCUCAUGGAUGCCGUGGCCGACAAUGUUCAGCGGGAAGAAAGUGCUCAUGGCACGCGAGCGGAAUUCCACAUCAUGUUCGUGCCUCAGCGGUCGUUGUUGUGCGAAAUGCGGCUCAAGGAGAAGGAAGUCUUUGGCUCGUUCACCUUCUUGGACGAGCUCUCGUUAUUUUGGUUUCCCUUGGAUAUUGAUGUCAUCUCCAUGGAGAACAGGUCGGUGUUCCGUGAUUACCAUCUGAACGACGAUCCCACGUGCUUAAAUCGCGUGGCCAAAGGCAUCCUCGCCCUUCAAUCUGUCUUCGGCGUGAUUCCUAAGGUGUACGGAAAAGGCCCAGCCGCUCGCCAAGUCUACGAGUUCAUGGUUCAAAUGCGGAAAGAAUCUAUAGCCCACGAAAAUCCCGUCAUUGGAAAAAUCGACAGCCUCAUCAUUAUCGACCGACAAAUCGAUUUGAUAACACCAUUCCUGACCCAAUUGACCUACGAGGGUCUCAUUGACGAGACGUUUGGCAUCAAGUUCAAUUCCGUUCGUUUGCCCGCGCAUAAAUUCAAGGCUCCAGAUUCGCCCAACGACGAUUUCGACGAUCCGGAUCCAUUCGAAAUGAAGACUAUUCCCCUUCAUUCGGGCGAAGACAUGUUCUGUGAGUUGCGGGACAAGAACUUCAACGCUGUUGGUCCCACAUUGAGCAAGAAAGCGAAAUACGUGUCUUCGCAAUUUGAAGAACGACACGAGGCCAAAACCGUUCAGGAGCUCAAGUCUUUCGUCGACAAGCUUCCCCAAAUGAAGAUUCUGAAACAGUCUUUAUCGAUCCACACGACCAUAGCCGAGUUGGUGAAAAAGGCCACAGACGACCGGCGCUUUCUGGAAAAUCUCCAAGUGGAGCAAGAGUUGGUGAACUUUCAGAAUGCCGAUCGUCCUCUCGAUUAUCUAGAAGACGCCUGUUGUCACGAGGAGGAGAUUGUCAAGGUCCUCCGACUGAUAUGUCUUCAAAAUGUGGUCAACUCCGGGGUCAAACCCAAGAUCUUGGAGCACUAUCGAAGACUCAUCCUCCAAACCUACGGUUACAAGCAUUUAUUGACCCUGCAAAGUCUCGAACGGCUGGGAUUGCUGAACUUGCAAUCCCAAGUGUCGCGAAAUUAUCCAGUUUUGCGGAAACGCCUCAAUCUGACCAUGGACGAUACGGACGAACAGGAUCCGAGUGAUAUCGCGUACGUGCACAGUGUGUACGCCCCUUUGUCAGUCAGACUCGUUCAGAAUUUCGCCCAUCCGGGUUGGCAAUCCAUCAAGGAUGUCCUCGAAUUGCUUCCCGGACCAACUGUGGCGGAAACGCAAAACGUUCCAGCCAAUCUGAAGAAAGUAAAGGACGAAAACCACCAGGCCACCACGUUGGUCUUAUUCGUGGGUGGGUGUACUUUUGCCGAGAUCUCAGCCCUCAGAUUCCUGUCACAGCGUGAGGAAUCCAACACCGAGUUUCUCGUGGCUACCACGGCUUUGAUCAAUGGAGACACUUUCGUGGAAUCCCUCAUGACUCAAGUGGACGACAAUCUUGCUCCUCGGUUUGUUUAACCCCUUGAGGAGUGAAGUAGAUUAUUCUUAUUAUCUCCUUAAAAAACCAUAUAAUUCACAUAUCAAGUGAAAACGCGAUCAAUUGUUAUUAAAAUCAGACCACAUGUA